ACGCUUAAUGGGGCCAGAGAAUCCGAAUAUCUAAUUUCAUCAUUCGGUCAGGAAAGGUGUUAUUCUUUCAUUAUAUUUUCUUCUUACUAAUGUUUUAUCAUGUAGAUCGAUUUUAAUAUGGCGUUUAGUGGCCAGAGGUUUAACUACUGAUUGAACAUUAUUAUUUUGAAAAUGGUAUGUGUCAAAUUCUCGAAACAAAAAAAAAUAUCGAUGUCAGGCACAUAGCCGGUCGCGUGCGCAGAAGGUGAGAGGCCUCAGGUGACGACAUAACCUCCAUUUCAAGCGUUUCGAGCAGGCGGCCUUGACGUGUCAUUCACAUAUGACACGAUCGAGUCGCGUAACGAUUCGUUCUAUUGCAACGAUUGGUGCUCCUUAAUUUUUCCCACGGUGAAAUAUGACUGAAGAGGAACUUAAAAUUCAAAAUCUUUCUCUCAACGGCUCCGCGAGCGGCGAAGACGUUGUGACUCCAUGGAGUGUUGAAAGCAAAAAUGACACUGGUAUCGACUAUGACAAGCUUAUUCAAAGAUUUGGUAGUUCAAAAAUUGAUAAGGAACUCCUGGAUCGUUUUGAGAGGAUCACAUGCAAGAAGCCUCACCACUUUCUCAGAAGAGGAAUAUUUUUCUCGCAUCGAGAUAUGCAUACGAUCUUGAACCUAUAUGAGCAGGGAAAAAGGUUUUACUUGUAUACGGGUAGAGGGCCCAGUUCCGAUUCUAUGCAUUUAGGUCAUCUAAUACCUUUUAUGUUUUGUAAGUGGCUGCAAGAAGUGUUCAAUGUACCUGUAGUAAUUCAAUUAACAGAUGAUGAAAAAGCUAUAUGGAAGAACCUAAAAAUCGAAGACGCUAUUAAACUGGCAUACAAUAAUGCCAAGGAUAUCAUUGCUUGUGGCUUUGAUCCAGAGAGGACUUUCAUAUUCUCUGACUUGGAACAUAUUGGAACUAAUCCUGCAUUUUACCAAAAUAUGAUUAGAAUACAAAGAGCCGUAACUUUUAAUCAAGUGAAAGGUAUAUUUGGAUUCGGUGAUAGCGAUCCAAUAGGAAAGAUCUCUUUUCCGCCAACGCAAGCUGCUCCGGCGUUAUCCAGCACUUUUCCAUUUAUUUUUAAAAAUGCAAAGGUGCACUGUCUGAUUCCAUGUGCUAUAGACCAAGAUCCCUACUUCAGAAUGACAAGAGACGUCGCUCCAAAACUAGGUUUUCCAAAACCAGCUUUAAUACAUUCUAGCUUUUUCCCAGCAAUGCAAGGUUCAAAAACAAAAAUGUCUGCUAGUGACAGUAAUACAGCAAUAUUCCUAACAGACACUGCUAAACAAAUAAAAAAUAAAGUCAAUAAACAUGCAUUUUCUGGUGGACAAGCUACCGUAGAAGAACACCGACAGUUAGGAGGAAACUGUGAUGUUGACAUAGCCUACCAGUGGCUUAGAUUUUUCUUGGAAGAUGAUGAAAAGUUAGAACAAUUAAGAAAAGGUUACACCAGUGGAGAAAUUCUCACAGGUGAGCUUAAAAAAGAAUUGAUAAAUAUCCUGCAGCCGCUAGUUGCUACGCAUCAAGAAAACAGAAGCAAAAUUACAGAUGAUAUGCUUAACGCAUUCAUGUUACCUCGAGAUCUUGGCUUUGUGACGAACAAAUGAAACUUGGGUAUAGAUUGGCUGUGAGAAGUUUUGUAAAACUCGAUUUUUUUUUUCAUUUUACAUUUUUAUUUAUUACUGAUUCUUAUAAAUAAAUAUGGCCUUAAUACAAGCUAUUUAUUUAACUAUAUAUUUGUAAAAGGUUAAGAUACAUCAUUUCUGCAGCUGCUUAUACAUCACGGAAUGACAUUUUUUUUUCCAAUUACGUCACUGGUACUAACAAUAUGUUGUAAUAUUGACAAUGUACAUUAUAAGCGCUUAAACCUCAACAUGAAAUAAAAUUUAUACUUAUCAUUAAAA